AAACGUCAUCGUUGGGCGGUAAAUUUGGUUUAGUUUUUUUUUUCUCUUCUCAGUUACGAGUUUUGUCUUCUUAAGGAUGGAAGACCCUGUCAGGCUACUGGAGAGCUGUGAAGAUGCAUUAUCUGAUGUCCAGUUAGAGGGUGAGAGCCAUGAGCUCAUUGAGGGAGAGCUGCCAGCGAGGUUCUCAUUGCCUCACUUGCAGGAGACUCGCCGAAAACAAAAACUUCUUUUCACUCAGCUUCAUGUGAAGAAAUCGGUUUUAAGUGCUCUGCAGGUUAGAGAUCCUGAAGCUUUCCUUGAUGGCUUGUGUUUGAAGGAGAUGAAUUUAAAGGCCGGAGCAACACAGAAGAAUGUGAGAAAUAUGAAGUCCCAAUAUCAGGAAAAGCUGAGUAAUAUGGAGUCAUUGAUCACCGAUUACAUAAAUAAAAUUGAGGCACUCAAGUCAUUGAAAAUUAAGCUGAAUACCUUCUUGGAAGAGCAUGUUGAAUGUGCACAAGAAAAAAAGCAAGAAUAUGAAGAAACCCUAAAUGACUUGGAAGAACAGCUUAAGAGCAGCAACCAGACCCUUGACAACCUAACUAAAGUCAAAACCAGAUAUCUGGACACGCUUCAGCUCCUAGCAGACCUCCAAGGGGUCACCUUUACUUCAGUCAGUGAAGACAGAGUAGAGCUAAGUUUGAAUUUGCAGACGCUUAUUCCAGCUUGUGACUUGGAACUAACACAAAAACUGCUACAGUUGCCAGGAGAUGAAAAUCUCCAAGUUCAGACGAGCAUUGAUGCACUAGGACUAAAAGAAGUACAACACUUGAGGUCUUUGGCUAAUAUAAAUUCUGCCCGACUGGAAAUGAUACACCAAAUGCUUCUGACAGCCAAGCCAGGUUUUUUAAUGAACUGAGGACAGUGCUGAAUUUUCUUGUAAAAAUGGAUUUUCUUUGUUAAAAUUGGUAUUUAAUUUUUUUGUAUGCUACAGAAACUCAAAAGGAUGUUUGCACAUAUGAAUCAAUAAAUUAAUGUUAUUAGUUUUAUGUUCCUGAUCAGAA